GCCCUGGCCAUCAACAUUUCGGCCGUGAAGGGGUUGCAGGAAGUUUUAAAGUCCAAUCUGGGCCCAAAGGGAAAGAUGAAAAUAAAAGAAAUUCUGACAAGAGAUGGAAAUGUUCUUUUAAUUUACUUUGCAGUACACAAAAUGGUUUCUUCAUUGAUUGCGAAGGUGACCACAGCCCAAGAUGGCAUAACAGGAGAUGGCACCAUAUCCAACUGUCCUAUCAUUGGAAAACAGGUUUCUUUAGUGAUUGAGGAAAAUGUUAAAUAA